UACAGAAUUAUGCUCAUGAAUCAUGGUAUUCAUAAUUUAUUUUUUCCUCUUGGUUUCAGAAUUUUGCGGUGUUCGCCCAAAGACCUUUGUUCAGCCCAAAAUGGAACUGAUGAGCAAGUUGGCCAACAAAAAGAUGUCUCUACAGUGGAGAGUCAAUCUAAUGAGCAAACAUCCUUAUCAGUUAGCACGGAAGAAGUUCAUCUUUCAUCAGAAAAUAAUGUUGCAGACCUUGUUCCUGAGAAUGAACUUUCUACAGUAAGCAAAACUUGCAAAGCCCCAAAAGCUGGAGACAAGGCACCAAAAGAAGCCAUUCAGUUAUGGAAAGAAAAUGGUUUCUCUAGCCUAAUUAUUGCUGCACCAGAGCAGGAUGCCUGGAGCUUAGUUAAGGAUUUACUGCCCCUUCUAUCAUACUCAGCUCCUUUUGCAAUCUAUCACCAGUAUCUGCAGCCUCUUGCGACAUGCAUGCACAAUCUGCAACUUGAGAAAAUGGCAAUUGGGUUACAAAUUUCAGAACCUUGGUUACGUGAAUAUCAGGUUCUUCCAUCAAGAACCCAUCCCUGCAUGCAGAUGAGUGGAUCUGGGGGUUACAUUCUAAGCGGUACUAGGACAUUUACGAGCCAAUCCUAGUUCUUAAAAUUACAAAGAAAGGAAAGUGGAGAAUGUCCUAAUGUGAUACGUGUACUCACAGUCUACUCUAGCCCCUUAAGAUAUUUAAUGGAAGCUGAUGACGUAGCUAGCAACCAACCAGAUUACAACAUGUGGUGGUUGAAUAAACGCCAUGUCACCUGUUGAGACCUUAUUUAUUUGUACAGGUUGCCACAGACGUGGCACCACGUGGCACACCAUUUCCAUCUGGUUUCAAUUUCUAAGUUUUGGAAAUGCAAAUUUUACUCUUUUUUAUCUUUAUUUGUAACUAUACCAAUUCGUUGUUGUGAUAAAAGUUGGUGAUGUAAACUACUUUAAAUUUGAAUUUAGUUGACAGAUUUCCAGUUUCAGUUAAAGUUGUUGAUUUUUUUUAUGAAACAGCUCGUACAUUGUGUAACUUCGAAAAUUUAUGGAGAAAUGGGCCAGGGCCGCAUUCU